GUAAAGGGGCGGAGAUUGAAAGCAGCAAAUCUCGCGAUGUUUCUAAGCAAGUAGCUGUGUAGAGGUGGGGUCUAAAAAAAAAAAAAAAAAAGGACCGGCACGCAGGCGGAUGUCGCGAGAAUUGCGUUUAAGGGUUCGCGAGAAUGUGGUUAGUGAGGGCGCCCCGCUCGCGCGUUCCGGUGCUGAGGCUGUGUGGCUGCCCCUUUAGGGAGUAGAGGGCGGCGCGGCGACCGCAGUGGGAUCGAGCGUCUGAAAGCCCGAAGAAAAGCUGCUUAACGGCCGCUGCCCGAGGGAGUUAGUGUCGGUGAAUUUUACGUUGGGGGUCAUUCUGCGUAUCCGUAGGCAAGAGGGUGACGUCAUGAGCGUCCCGAGGUCACUGCGGCCGGGAGACCGCCCGGGAAGAGCGCUCGCUGGUCGCCGCGAGGUGAUGCUCCCGAAAACGUCCACCCGGUCUAGCGGGAGCUCGGCGUGAUUUUCAGGGUAGUAAAGUGCCCCUGUAUUUUACUUCUUAGAUGGUUAGAUUAUUUAAGUUUUAUCACAAAAGGGGGUGAAUUCAGACCGGAGGCCUGUUACCACGUGAGAUGCUUUUGGAUCCUCAGACCUUCCCCAGUAUAACGGCACAGAAUUCACUGCAUGAAUGGCAGUCCCAGACUCGGAGGGUGCUGUGGGAGACUGUCACAGGGGCCUCUUCCAGAUUCUCUCCUUUUAGAUAACGAAGAAGGAGGUAAAAUGAACUUUACCAACUUGGGCAUUUUGUGUUUUGUUAAUGAGGUCUGUAGAGGAUCUUUCCUAUCGCUGGUCUUCGAGUGAUUGAGAGAAAUGCGUGCUGCAGUCCUAUGAUAUCUAAAACGAAUGUGUCCGUUUGCUCAAGGCCCAAAAGAAGACAGAAAACUAAACAGAUUUAUACAUGCACAUACAUACAAGUGGGUUAUCAUUUUCUUCCCAUCGCAUCCAGUUAUAGUUCUGAUUAUCUUUCCAGCGUUUGUAGCCAUCUCUUUAGAUUUGGGGAGGAAUUUUUAUUUGGAGAAGUAGUGGAGGUAUUGGACUGUAGAUUAAACCAGCUGGUAGAAAGAAAAAUUAAAAGCAGUGCUGGGCGGUGUUGCCAAAUAGAAGUUUUCUACUUGCAUUUUGAGAAAGUGUUCAACAAGUGGCAUUUAUUAAUCAGUAAUUGAUUUUUUAUAUUUUGUUAGACUUAUGUACCAAUUAGAUCUGAUCAACGUAGAGUUAACCACAGUGAUUUAAUUGAUCUCUAAACAAAUAAAGUUUAUUUCAUGUAUACAACAGUUUUACUUGUCUCUAAAUAAUGAAAAUAAGGAAUGCCAUUUCUAGGUUUUCGGGUGUUUUGUUGUAGAUUCUCCUGGAAAUAUGGAUAUUCUGGGAUGGGAAUCAGUUGGAAUCAGUCUAGAUCAGGAUUUCUCGACCUCAGCACUAUAAUACUUUUUAGCCAAGAUUCUAUUUCAGACUAAGGUAUGAAUGGAAGCAGGAAAUAUUUACAUUUAAAGGACAAAGUUGCUAACACAAAUGUAAUUUUGGAACAUUGUGGAGAAUAACAAUUUGACCAGUGUCUGAAACUGGAAUCAGCUCCAUAACGUGUAAAGGACUCUGGACUUGGUCCCAGAGGAUCUUGAUUCAAAUCCCACCCAUGUACCCUUUGAAUCCUUGUAUUGCUAAGACUGGGGACGCAGUUUUCUUUCACAAAGGGAAAUCUAAGUUCAUUUCAAGGCAUUCGAAAUGGGGAAAGACUAUUAUUGCAUUUUGGGAAUUGAAAAAGGAGCGUCAGAUGAAGAUAUUAAAAAGGCUUACCGAAAACAAGCCCUCAAAUUUCAUCCGGACAAGAACAAAUCUCCUCAGGCAGAGGAAAAAUUUAAAGAGGUCGCAGAAGCUUAUGAAGUAUUGAGUGAUCCUAAAAAGAGAGAAAUAUAUGAUCAGUUUGGGGAGGAAGGGUUGAAAGGAGGAGCAGGAGGUACUGAUGGACAAGGAGGUACCUUCCGGUACACCUUUCAUGGUGAUCCUCAUGCCACAUUUGCAGCAUUUUUCGGAGGUUCCAAUCCCUUUGAAAUUUUCUUUGGAAGACGGAUGGGUGGUGGUAGAGAUUCUGAAGAUAUGGAAGUAGAUGGAGAUCCUUUUAGUGCCUUUGGAUUCAGCAUGAAUGGAUAUCCAAGAGACAGGAAUUCUGUGGGGCCAUCCCGCCUCAAACAAGAUCCUCCAAUUAUUCAUGAACUUAGAGUAUCACUUGAAGAAAUAUAUAGUGGUUGUACCAAACGGAUGAAGAUUUCUCGAAAAAGGUUAAACCCUGAUGGAAGGAGUUAUAGAUCUGAGGACAAAAUUCUCACCAUUGAGAUAAAAAAAGGAUGGAAAGAAGGCACCAAAAUUACUUUUCCAAGAGAAGGAGAUGAAACACCAACUAGUAUUCCAGCAGACAUUGUUUUUAUUAUUAAAGAUAAAGAUCACCCCAAAUUUAAAAGGGAUGGAUCAAAUAUAAUUUAUACUGCUAAAAUUAGUUUACGAGAGGCAUUGUGUGGCUGCUCAAUUAAUGUUCCAACAAUGGAUGGAAGAACCAUACCUAUGUCAGUAAAUGAUAUUGUGAAACCUGGAAUGAGGAGAAGAAUUAUUGGAUAUGGGCUGCCAUUUCCAAAAAAUCCUGAGCAACGUGGUGACCUUCUAAUAGAAUUUGAAGUGUCUUUCCCAGAUUCUAUAUCCUCAUCAUCCAAAGAAGUACUUAGAAAACAUCUCCCUGCCUCAUAGAAUGAAAAACUUUGCUACUCAUAUUUUGAUAAGGCACUGAAAAUAUAAAAGGACUGGCUGUUUAUUGAUGUAGAUGUGAAUUCUGUAUAAAGAUGUAUAAAUUAUUUUGAGGGUUCAUUAAAUUGCAUGAAUAGAGACGGGUCAAAUAAAUAGGCAAAAGGGAUUUUUACAGUUAGAGAUGAGAAAUCAUUCACUCUAUUUUAUUUCUCCCAAGUCAGAAAUUUUUAGUAUUUUGCUUACAUGUAAAGUUUGUUUUUGUGGAGUUAGUAGAUAUAUUUCUAAUAAAGUACUAGACUAUCCAAGUACUUUAUUUCUUAUAUCUUUACAUUAUCAAUGUAGUAGGCUCUCAUUUAUAAUGGAAAUUUAAAUUCUUAACUAAGCUAUACAUGUGAUAUGUAUUUCUAGAAAAUAAAAACCCAAGUCAUUUGGAAAUGUGGUUAACUAGAUUUAAAUCACUAUCUGAAAUGCUGCUAUAGGGCUGGUACCCAUAAAAGAAUAUCCAAAUGCAUAUGUUUCAUCAUUUUGAUUUUUAAAAUAUGCUAUAGUGUUUGUUAAUAACAUAGUUGUAAUGUUCUUAAGAUGGACCUUUUCUCCAUAAAAAGGAAAUUCAUGGCAAUUUAUCUCCUGUGGAAAUCCCAAUUGUCUGAAUUACUGAUAUUUUAGAAAUAGGCUGUUUUUAAAAUACCAUAUGUAAUUUUAUGCAAGUUGAUUAUAUAUCUUGGACUUAAUAAAUUAUAGGCACAUUUUAUGGUCCACUAGUUUAAACUAGUUUGUUUAAUAAUAAAUAUGUUUUUAGAGGAAAUGUUGUUACUUGGAAUUAAUUUUCCAAUUACACAGUCUUCUAUAACUUACUCAUAAUAUGCUACAUGUACCUUAUGCAAUUUCCCUAAAAAAGAAUAAACUACCACUAUGGUGUUAAGCCAAAAUAUGGGGAAAAUAAACACUAACUGCUGCUUAUGAAUGAUGUUACUACUACUUGUUAUGCAUAUAAAUAUUUUACUUUUUCA